AUGAACAACAGCGAGCGAAAUCCCAUUACAGAUGAUUUUAAAGAUAUUUCACCUUUAGCCAUGCAGCUUGUGGCUUAUAUUCCAUCAGCAAUCAUUUUAUCUUUGGGUAUUAUAACAAAUAUCACUAUCUUAGUUUCGUUAAUCAAGAAAGGAUUACAUAACGUCCGAGAUCUCUUUUUUUACUUGGUUACUAGUUUGGUCAUUUAUGAUAUCGUAUUACUUGUACUCUACUGGCCGUUAGCAUUAGUCCGAAAAUCGAUUCCGUGGCCGUUUGGAUCGUUUCUUUGCUAUUUUUUCAAUCUCUUACCUGUCCUAUGCAAUGCCGGUCCAUCUCUAACUGUUGUUGCUAUGGCUAUCCAUCAAUAUCGAGUUAUUGUCAAAUCAGCUAAUCCAAGUCCUUCUACAACAUGUAAAAGAAUUAUUUUAGCAGCCAUCUUUUUUACAGCACUAGCUGCCACUUUUCCCGACCUCCUUUUCACAGCUUAUACAUAUGCCUAUGGCUUAUUUAUCGGGCCAGUAGCGUAUUAUGAUGAUGCUGUUCGUGUUUGCUUCGUCUAUAUCGGUCGCCAUUAUAGUAAUUUUCAAGAUCCAUACCAUAUUUAUUGUAUCUCUCUCUACGUAACACUUUAUGUUAUCCCUUUGAUCAUCGUAGUAAUACUUUAUUAUCAAAUUAAAAGAAAUAUCAAGAUUGACGAUACAGCUACAAAUUCUGCAAUAACAGUUACCUAUGGUGAUAUAACGAUACACAAAAAAUGGGCAAAAAUGACAUUAAUUCUAAUGAUUACAUUGCUACUCUUUUGGACUCCGGAAUACAUUUUCUAUUUUGUCUAUAAUUUUGGAUACCUUCGAUAUCGCUUAGGCUAUUAUCGCCGUUACCAGAUUACCUACUUGAUUUGUCAGCUUAUUACUGUUAGUAAAUGCAUCGCAAAUCCCGUUAUCUAUGCUCACUUUUUUCCAGAGUGUAAGCAAUCGUUGCGAUCUAUUUUUACCUGUUCAUAUAUCAAACGGAAAAGCGAUCAGCCCGAUAUGAUCAAUUUAUCUUUAUCAGAAAACAAAAUUUAG